AUGGAGGGUGAAUAUUUAGGGUUGAGCAUAGGAGGAGGUAUAGGGGGGUGCAACAACAAGCACAACACCCCCAUCUACAUCACCAACCUCUGGACUGGUGGUUGUCUCUCCAAAACUAAUCAACUUAUGAAGGGAGACGUGCUGCUGUCGGUGAAUGGAGUUGGUUUGCUAAACACAACGUACGAAGUGGCUGCCAGAACUCUGAAGUCGGCGUCAAAGAAAAGUUUCGUGAGCGUGCAUAUCUUGCAGGGUAGUGAAACAUCAGAUGGAAACGGCAACUUCACACCUUCCUGGAAGUUCUGGCUUGCUCUGCCGCAUUUCUGCUACUACCCACGCCGCGUUCACAUAACAGUCACAUCCAACACACUGGACUUCACGGUGACGGGUGGCUUCAAAAUUAACUGCGGUCCUCUGCCCAUCAUCGUUGAAAGCCUCAAGGAUCCAUUCAGGCCCAACAAAUUGAAAAGCGGCGACAUCAUACUAUCCGUAAACGGCAUCUCACUGGAUGGAGCCACUCACGGCGACGCUGUGCGAUUGAUGACGUCAUCACCCAUCGACCAGUUGGAAUUGGAUGUUGUCUCCUGGCCUGGAUCAUCCGUGUAAUAGUAGAAUUGCUGAAUUUUUCCAACGUUAAGAGAAACUGAAAAACUUUGUGACGCUAAAGUUGAAAACAUUCAACUGUCGCAUAACAGAAGUGUUACAAUAACGAAACUAUUUGAGUCUUAUUCUAUACAUGUUUAUUUAUUAAAAGAAAAUCGGAACGCAUUCGAAGUCCUGUUCAUUGUUCAACUAAUCUUCGUCCAUUUUUAACGAAUAACAUUUUUACUACUGCUUAAAAAGUUAUUAUAUAUUAUUUAUCCGCUGGUAUUUUUGUUCUAUACAUGUAUGUUCACAUCGUUAUUUAACAAUUUUUAUUCGAAAUGAAGGCACAGAUUGUAUUAUGUUUUUUACAAUAAAGAAUUAUUUUCUUCAUCAACGUCGGUUUAGUAUUGAAACAUAUCAGUAUUAUAUGUUGAUUAUAUAUUAAAUACUAUCGUUAAUACUUAAA